AUGGCUUCAGUGCGGCGCGUGUUAUUAGCUGCAAGCUGUGAUGAGGAAAGCGAAGCAUUUCGUCAUUUGUUGCAGCCUCACGAAUCUAUCUCCGAACAAGAUCUGGAUCUCGGACUUCUGAAUCGUGAACCUCCAGUUCUGCCACAAGAUGGAAACGAUGACAGUCGAAACAGUUCACAGUCGCUGUUAGAGGAUCUGCUAGUUCACUUAGCAGCUCGAAAAUUUGGAGCCGCAGCUAAAUCAGCAAAAGAUGAAAUGAUUCUAGGCAUCGACCCGCAAACUUUUGUGCGUUGGGAGCAGAUCGAAGCACAAUCUGCAGAAAUUAAGGGGUUUAUCGACGAUUUACACGGAUUACUGCUAAAGAGUGAGUGGAGUGCGUUCAGCAUCUCCACGUUCAGUCGUGUCGUUAAACGACUCCAGAAUCCUCGGGCUCGUCAACGUUUUCUUUCGUUCGCUUUUCAAAUUCUCCGGCUUUCGUUACAACCCAAAUCUGCAGAGGUGGAGAACAAGUUCUUUGAUGAAGCUGUGCGUCUGUUGCUGCUUGGGGUAACAGACUUGUGGUCGGCAAUCCGAAAAGACUGCGCCAAGAUGGCAGCUACAAUUGUGUUUGAGUUUUCAUCACUAAAGCAUAUCGAGCAAUUCAUGGACAGUUUGCUCUGUGUCGCCAUGGGUUCCCGAAGUGUUAGCGCAGAUAAAAGUCAGGUAACUGCGUGGACUGAGAGGGAAGGCGCAUUACUGGCACUAUCGGUUUUAUUACGCUCCAUCGAGAUAGAGUCCACCGCUCAACAAGUCAAGGUUAAUGAAGAUUCCAAGGUUUCUCAGGUAAAAGAUGAUAUCAAGGGCAUGUUGGGCAUUCGUCAAUUACCGAUGAUAAAGUAUCGUUUUGGUUCCAAUGGAAGUCACACUUUCACUCAACUACCGAGAUGUCUAGUACAAACGCUAAAACCUGCGAUAUACCAGUGUCUUCGCCACGACCAGCUCAGUGUUCGACAGCUCUCAGCUCAAUGUUUGGUGGAGUAUGCUUCGCUUUGUGAAGAACCGACACGGCUGCUUAUUUUUCAGGAAGUAAUCAGCAAACUGAAUCGUAUCAAUCGGAGCGACAAGAUAUCGGAUGAUAGUGCUCGGAAUCCGGAAGAAUCUGAACUACUGGAUGCGUUUGAAGCUGAAGGAUUGCUGGAUGUGUUGGCUCGGAUGGCACCGCGUCUCCCGUCGACUUUUUUGUAUAAGCACUGGAAAUUCGUGUUUCCAACGCUGGAGAAGUAUGUGAUACAUAUCGCUUCAAGUGUUCGCCAGAAGAGCAGCAGCGUCGUGCUAGCACUGGCAAAGCAAAGUCUGAGCGCAACUUCAGAUGACGAGGCUUCCUUGAAGUUGAUGGUGCAAAUGCUGCUUUCAUUGUCCAAGCAGCUACAGGACGAAAGCAGUUUAUGUUGGCAGAGAAAAGAAGGUCGUUUAUUGAGUAUCGAUGUUCUCAUUAACGUCCUGGGUCAAAGUCUGUUGAACUGCAGUAGUGGUGCCGGUAAACUGUUGAGGUGGAAGCCAGCACCUACAAAAUCAUACCACCGGUCAAGAUCGCUUGCUGACUUGCAAACAUGUUUUUGGGCUCACGAACAAGCUCAAUCAGCCACCUGGGCAAAAACAAAAGGAACGGACGAAGAUCAAAGUGCUCUCAAUAGCAACAAAGCAGAGAGCAAAUCACUUGUCCAUGAUAUUAACACUUGGAUCGAGAAAAACAAUGGCCAAAAUGGCCUCCCUGCUUCAGGUAAUGAGUUCUGGCAGCAGAUUACGAGUGGAUUUAUCGCACAGACGAAGGAGGCAUUCGAGUCCUCGCAAUUUGAGCUUCGCCGAAUCUCUCGCCAAGUCCUUCCAGGUCUAAUGCGACUUGUCGUCUGGACAGACCAACUCAAUUUCCUCUCGUUGACGGAAGUCGUAGUCGAGUCGGCGGAUAAGUCGUGGAGUUGGACGUGCGUGAAGAACAUUGUACUGUAUUUACGCUACCUGGAAGAGAGCAUGGUCGCUAUGGGUGAUAACGUUGAAUGUUCUACGUCACUGAAGCUAACGACGGACUGGAAAACCGUGUGGCACAACCUCAUGAUGCUGGAAAGUGGUGCACAAAGUCUGUCUAUUGACACAGAAGCGAUCGUGGCUAAAGUGGAAGCGAAGAUGUUGGCAUUUCUUAGCGUUGACACUGUGACAGACCCACCUCAACAAGUCACCCGGCUCUUGGAUGGUGCGUUGCGACUGAUUCACGAGCAGCUUCCUAAAGCAAUGCAAUUGUUGGAGGUUUGGAAUAUAUCCGUGAACAUCGACAACUCCCUGGAUCGUCAGUUUUGCAUCUUCCUCGUGCCUCUACUCCCAGCGGUUGUUAGUACACUGCAAGUUUUGAAUGAACGACACGGAAGUAGCAAUUCCAGCUGGAGCGAUCGUAUUCAUUCUCAUGAAGUUGAUCUGUCUUGGAACUCUCGAUGGCUUUGUCUAGUACGGAUUAUUUUAUCGUGGCUUUUGUGUGAUGACAUGUUCCGGUGGAUCACACUUAGCAAGUCAGAGGCUCAAUCGCACCUUUUAGACAGUCUUAGUGUAGUUCUUCACUUUUCAAAUACCAGUUUAUCCCGUGCAGAAGAGGAUGAAGAGAUGGAUAGAAUUCUUCAGUGCCUCCAGGACACCUUCACUUCUACGCAAGUGUGCACGCAAGACUCAAACUAUUUUUUCUUAAUGGACAUUUAUAUGCAAGUGUGGCUACGAUGUCUCAAAGGCAGUAACUCCACGCCCAAGGUAGUGAUUGCCGUGGCUCAGCUUUACAGCCAGAGACAGCAGAAUUGUGGCGGAUCUGACGCUAAAACGACGGCAGCUGAAAACAAUUCGGCGGAAGCAUGGGACGAUUGGGAUGGCGACGAAGUGCAGCAAGCGUCUCCAGUCGGUGACAUAUCUACUUCAGACUUUUUGUUUCAGGAGGUAUUGGAUUAUCUCGACAUUAGCCAGCUAAACCUGCUUCGGGAGGCAAUACGUAGCAUUCCAGACAUCGCUGGUAUGAAUGAUAUUCCAGCUGAGCACAUUUCACAAAUGCAACAGCAGAUUGAGGCCUGUACGCACACCUAG